AUGCCUGCAGCACGCAGUGGCAAGGCCCGCGUGCUGGUGGACAUUCAAGGUCCCAGCACGCGCCGAACGCAGAACAGCAGCAUAGCAACUUUUACAAAAGUUUCCAAGAGGUCCGAGGUGAAAGAGGGCGAACUACCAUCACGCAGUACUCGCGCCGGAACUCCCAGAACGCUUUCUGAGCUGACGGUCACGUCCCCCAGGCGCACGCGGUCUGGAAGAGCUGUAGUUGCGACGCGCGCGGUCAGCACAGAAAGCCAAAGGGUACCCAAAGCCCUCAGGCCGGCAGACUCGGAGGUCGACCGGAAGGAUGAUCGUACAUCCACCUCCACCAAGCCGCAUCGCAGCCCCUCCUCCAUGGCUCGAGCAGCGUCACCCAUUGCAACCAAAGAGCAACACACUGUGCCGUCCUCGACAAGCUUCACGAGCGAGUCACGGCGGGCCAAGGUAGCCGAAAGGCUGAGACAAAAGGCGAAAAGGGCAGCGUCUGGUAAGACUUUGGUGUCUGAAGUGAUCGAGCAGGCGGCGGCGGAGCGUGCAGGCGACGAUGAGUCACACCGUCAGCAAGGAGAGGACACGAUGAGAGCAGUCUUGUCCAGCUCUGGGUCGAGUGCGCAUUCCACCUCGGACAAGGAGAAUGUGCCACUCGCUCACGUCUGUCAGAGAGGCAAGGCAGGGCAUCCGACUCGAGACCAAGAACACUCGGGCUCGAGCGCUUCCUCCUCAUUUGGAAAAAUGGAAGAGCAACAGCAUUCGACGCCCAUUGCUGCUCGAACUUCUGAGCAGCGGGCCAGGCAAGAUGCGAGGGUCCGAACGCCGCUUGUGGCGCUCCCCUUAGAGCCGCGUCCGAGUACUUUGUCCAUACUCGACGCGCACAGGCUCGGCUCUCGGGAGUGCGAGAGAGAAGGUCUCAAUCUCGGAGUCAUAGCUGAUCAACCGGCGGGUUUGAGCACGCACGCGCAGCAGCUUUCUCGCCUACCUUUGCCAAACAUAGCGACGUUUAAAAAUUUUGAUCCGAGCCGCAGGACCACGGUCAGAUCUCCCCUCAUUCCUGCAAACGACACCGAAGGUGCAUUCUACAAGCUCAGAAGAGAAAGACCUGAAGCUAGCUCGACAAGGGAAAACGUGGCUCGAAUGUUUGCGUCCCCAUCAUCUGGAGGUGCUUUGCCAGCAAGCACUCCUUUCAGCGACGCGGCCCGUUCUCUCGAGGCACAGAUCAGAUCGGAACCUUUACCGAAGGGUGCUAUUCCACGAGCUGGGCAGGUCGCGCCGCCUAUAGUAAGGCUCGAAGAUGAGUCCAUCGACCUGGACGAUCCAUUCGGUUUCGAACAGGCUGAAGAAAACCUCAAGGCAAGGAGAGCUGAAGCAAGACGGGCGUCCGGGAAGGAAACGCAGGAGGAGAACGAGAUCGACAACGCAUCCUCUCAGCAGACCAGCAAGACAGGUGCAGAGGAUGCAAGGAACCAGGAGACUCGGAAUGGGAGUGCAAGCUCGAGCCAGCUGAAGCGAGCGCAACGGGGUGCAUUCUCCGCGAGCAACUCCAUCGGCUCCUCGGAUUCUUCGCUGCCUGACGCUUCCACAACCCUGCUUCAGAGCACGACGACGCGCAUGGGCGAGCAGUCGAUGGAAGAUGGCGGCGUGGAAGAGGCAGAGAUUUCUGCAGCUCCUGUUCGCAGAUCCACUAGACGCAAAGUAGCUACUUCAAGAGCUCUGAUAGCCCCACCCUCAAUGUCUGCAACGGUCUCCGAGAAUUCGCUGCCGAGCGCGCAAGAUGAAGUGAUCGCCUUUUCAUCAACCUCGAGCAGCUCGAUCAAAGACGCGGACAGCGAGACUGGUUCGGCACAAGGAGAAUCGGAUCGUAUGACAUUGGAUGAUCUGGUGGGACUUUUACCUAGAGGAGGGAAGAGUUCUCACCAAGCGCGAUCUAGCCUAGGCGGCGCUACGAAGCGCAAAAGCAAAGCCUCCACUCGUACAAAUUCGAGAAGCCGUACUCGAGCGACGAAGAAGGAUGCAAGAUGCAAAGUCGAUCUUGUCGAGAGUGGAAGCGGGGCGUCUCAGCUCAGCGGCGAAGAUUCUGAGGUCUUGAAAAGGAGGCGCAAGGCGGGGACGACUGCAGCAGGAAAAGUCCAGUCUGGCAAGAAGCAGAAGAAGGUUCGAGCAGAGUCUCCAUCAGUCGGCACGCGUGCAUCUUCCGGACGACGAGGCAGGCGAAGCCAAAAAGGUUCGGCUCAUGGUGACGUUCGUGACGCCUCUGCACCUGCGUCCGAUGGAGCAGGAGACGAACAUCAAGUGAGUUGCAGACGGUCGUAACGCGUUGCGAACACUCGCGUCACGGAAAAAAAAAGAAGCUCAUUUCGGUGCGCUCGCGGCCUCGCACUGCAGGACACACCCAGAACUCAAACUCGCAAGAGGAGGAUUCAAGAGAUGGAGGAGCUGGAUCGCUUCCAAUUGGAGUCAGAGCUUGUCAUCUGA